AUGGCUUCAACGGUCUCAAUGCAAUCGAUUCUGGGAAGCUCUGUGGAUUAUGGAGCAGGCAAGAACAGAGUGAACCAGAUAAAUAUUGUUUCUGCUGUUCCUUAUGCUCAUAUAACAGUACGCUCCAUGGCCGAGGAUGGUCAGAAGGAGCAACAGACCAGUGUACCUAGUACAUUAGAAAGUUCACAGAAAUCAGCUCCUUCAUCACCUCUUCCUCCUCGAUCUCCUAAGGUCAGCACCAAGUUUUCAGACGUGUUUGCAUUUAGUGGACCGGCGCCGGAGAGAAUCAACGGCAGGCUAGCAAUGGUGGGCUUUGUGGCGGCUCUAGCAGUCGAACUAUCCAAGGGCCAAGAUGUGUUUGCUCAGUUAUCCGACGGCGGAAUCCCAUUGUUCCUUGGCACCAGUAUUUUGCUAUCAGUGGCAUCGUUGAUUCCAUUGUUGAAGGGUGUGACUGUAGAGUCCAAAUCAGAAGGGUUGAUGACCUCAGAUGCUGAGCUAUGGAAUGGAAGAUUGGCCAUGUUGGGGCUGGUAGCUCUGGCCUUCACUGAGUAUGUGACAGGAGGGACCCUAGUGUAA